UCUAUCUGUCAAAAAAUUGGCAGCACUUCUUACAGCGACUUUCUACAGAUAUAUAACAUUGGUUAGAUUUUAAAGCUCUAAAAUAAUUUAAAAAUAAUAAUAUUAAUAAUAUUGGGAUAAUGGUAUCAUUACCACCAACAUAUGAUGUGAAUGUUUUCAAUAGUGCUUACGAAAAUAUUUGCUUAAUUGCUGAUAAAACUUGGGCAAUGAAUCAUAAUGAUAUGUAUCGAAAAUUAAAUCAAUAUUUAUGGGUUCAGAAUAUUAAUUGGAUCGAAAAGUAUCAUGAAAAUAAAACAAAAAGACGGGUCCGUGACAUCAUUCCUGAUUCUUUACUUGCACAAUAUGGUAAUUACGAGUACGAUGAAGAUCGAGAAAGUCAGUAUAAAUUUAGUGACGAAUUAUCAACUAUUGAAAGCACGAAUUCAGUAUCAAACAAACCCGAAUCAUGGAUACUUGAUAAUAUUGAGGACUAUUUUAGUCAACUUUUCUCUGAAACGUGGGUACACCUAUCUGUUAUUAGCAAUGAAAAAGAUAUCGCACGCAUUGAUGAAUGUUAUAACAAAUGUUGCCCAAUGCUUUAUACAAUUGAAAAUUCCUCAGAAUUACAAUUGCAAAUGCGUAUUUCAAAUGAUAAUGUGAGAUGUUUAUGGAAUUCUCCUGAUAAAACUACCGAUAAAGGAAAAAGUAAUUCUCAGCCUAAUUAUCAAUUUCAUGAACUUGAUGACGUUCUAAAAAAUGAGCAACACGAGCAUCCGGGAGUGAACACUACUUUCCAACAUUCAGCAUCAAAAGCUGAAUUUAAUGAAAGUAAAUUCCAAGAAGUGAAAUCAUUACCAUCUUUAAGUGCUGAAGUACCCGAAUUUUUUCCAAAAAUAUCCCAAGAUAUUCAUUAUGAACCAGUUCCGUUUCAUCAGUCCUACUCAUCCUAUUCAUUAAAUGAGAGAAAUUAUAAUAAAUUAUAUCAAAAUGGAUCACCUUUGCCAAAUUUCAACACUUUUUUUCAAAAUCCGACUAUUCCAUUAGUGAGCCCACGAAUUAUGACUCCACUAAUCAGAUCACCACAUCAAUGGAUUCCUCGAAUAGCUCCUCCUCUUCACAUUCAAAUUCCAGUUUGUUCAUUAACUCCACAAAUAUUUACAUCAAUACAAUCCAUUUGUCCAAUGAUUACUAGACCAUUGCCAAUUCGUUAUGAUAAAAUAACUCAACCAAGUCAAAGUCAGGUUCCAGCGCCAAUUCCAGUCUACCAACGACCUCCUGAACUAUACUCAGAUCAUAAGCGUAGAUCUCAAGGCGUUGAUUUUAAUAAUCUUAUUUUGCUGACAAAAAAUGCUAUAAAAGUACGUAGAAACCAGUCCAAGAAUCCUCAAAAAAGUUCUAGUCUCAUUUUGGAAUCAAGCCAACCAAAUUUAAAAUCGGAAGAUGAUGUAUUACAAUGGUUGAACAAAGGAUAUCCUAAAAAAGCCAAAGAAUUUUUUACUAUCGAUUCACUCGUUAAUGAUUUAGAUGAACUGGAUAUAAAAAUGGAUGAAACUAAUAAAAACAUACCUUUUGAUCCUAAUUUGUCUGAUAAAAAUCAUCAGAAUAUUAAUGAAAAUGAAAUUGAAAAUGCUAAUAACGAUAAAUCAUCACUUAAUACAGAUCAGAUUAAUAGUAACUAA